CCGAGCCCGUAGCCGAGAGCGGAGCCUCCAUAGCCGAGACCAUAGCCGAGACCGGAGCCAAGGGCAACAUUACCACCCAUGGCGGUGGCGAAGGCCGCGCAGAGAAAGACGACGAUGCUCUGCAUGAGAGAAAAGUAUGGCAUACUGGCAAUCUGUCCGGUGCCAUCGAAGACAACUGUUGUAUACGCCUGGCAGUUGGAAGGAAUCCCGGGCUGUUUCGAGGUAACGGAUGUCACGUGUCGAUAUGUUGGAGGUCAGCGCAUGCUCUUCACACAGCGGCUUUCACGGAAGCUGAAGUUUCAGCGUUUCGACCCUACUAUAGUUAGCACUGUCGUCGUCCUAUCAGCCAUCGCGGCCUGUGCCUAUGCCGGGGGACUCCUAGGUGGCUACGGCCUCGGUGGACUCGGAUACGGAGGAUAUGGACUUGGUUAUGGCGGCUAUGGCCUCGGAUACAGCGGAGGCUUCGGCGGAGGCUACGGUGGAGGCUACGGCGGGGGCUACGGCGGGGGCUACGGUGGAGGCUACGGCGUUGGCGGCGUAGGCAUCGGCAGCAGUGUUGCUCUUCUUAGUGGAGGUCCUCCCUUCGCCAAAGCCGUGGCCGGACCAGCCUUUGUGAUAAGGACGGUUCAUCACGUGAACAAAGUCAACGGCGGAGGAGCCGUUCUCGCUCACUCUGGCCUCGGUGGCGGUUAUGGAGGCGGCUAUGGAUAUGGCCGUGGUUACGGGUACGGAGGCGGCUACGGCUAUGGUGGAGGCUACGGUGGCUAUGGUUACAAGGUCUGAUGAAGUUGAGGAGGUGUGCAUGCAAUUUUUAGUCCUUGUGUAAAUGGAGCUUGUGAUUGCUGCUUGCGUUGAACUCAACACAGCGAGUACAGGACUGUCUGUAGUGGCCUCAUAACAGCAACGAGUAAUGCACUGAAGUGCGUCAUUAUUUAGUGACAUGCCUCUUCAUCGAGACCAUCGAUUCAUUGAAUUCAUUCUACAUUUUAUUGUCCCCAAACCAAAAAUAAAAAUGUGAAAUUGA